AUGACGUCAGCAAGACACUUCACGAUUUUGUUCAUUGCCACUUUUCUUGUCCAAGCCCUUUCACUAUCUUUGUCACCCGAUGAUGGCUCAGGAAGUUGUGUGCUAAACUUUACAUCCUACCCAUACCAACCAACUGGGGAGUGCAUAAGUCCUGCCAAGCUGAGAAUAAAGGUCUGGGAUAGCUUUACACUUCCAAAUCUCUGCUGUCGAAAUGUGCUCACCACUUUGUCCCAAGCAUUGGCCUGCCAAGCCUUUAGAACGCAGGGCGGUGUCUUUGUUUCCAAUGCGGAAUGGAUUAACUGCACUGGCUCAUUUGUUCGACAAGACGUGUCUGCCGUUCACUGUAGCCUUAAUGAUCUUUACGAUGGCAGCAGCGACUGCUCCAAAGUAAACUUGGCAGAGAUUAAGCAAGGGAAGGAGUACCAAGACGCAUUGAACUUUUGUUCUCAAUUUGGCAAUGCUUCUUCUUCAUUUGAUGCCGUCUGUACCCCUUGCUCCGCUGCCGUGGGAAAUCUUAAGCAACAUUUGUUGGACCGGUAUCAUCAGAAGAAUGAUAACAACAAAACCGAAGAUUCGAUAUGCGGUGUAGCUGCGGUUAUUUCCGUUGCAGCCGGGAACAUUUCGAAUGCUUAUAUUGACGACUACUUUGGGUGUAUGACUAAGUUCGACAAGUUCGAACCAGGUUACUUCAAACUCAAAUAUUCCCUUGUAGAAGCGAUACUUUCGAUCAUGAUAGCCAUCACUGGACUAGUGCUGAUAGUCAUGCUGAUAAAACACGUAACGAAGAAGAAGCCCCUAAAACCGAUUCUCUCAGGAUCAACGACUACUACGUGGUCUGGCCUGUAUAGAUUCUCCAAGGCUGAGAUUGAGAAUGCCAUAAAUUACGGACCUGAAAGAAAGCACCUUGGACGAGGAAGUGCAGGUCAUGUUUAUAAAGGGGUUCUUCCUAGCGGACAAGUUGUGGCCGUUAAGCACAUCAACAAGAGUAACAUAUCAGAUUCUUUCACAAGAGAAGUGGAACAGCUCUCUAGGGUUCGACACCCGAACUUGGUUUGCCUCUUUGGUUGCUGUGUCGAAGACGGCGAGCAAUAUCUUGUGUAUGAAUAUUGCUCAUCAGGGAAUCUGGCUCAACAUCUUCUAAGAAAUGAUCCUGUAUUGACAUGGGAGAGAAGGGUUAAGAUUCUCAGAGACUGUGCGCUUGCUUUGAGGUAUCUACACCACUAUAUUGAUGGCUGCAUAGUUCACAGAGAUAUUAAGCUGACGAACAUCCUUUUGACUGAGAACUUGGACCCCAAGCUAUCAGACUUUGGGUUGGCAAAGAUGUUGGGGAUGGAGGAGAGCAAAGUAUUUACAGAUGUUAGAGGAACAAUAGGGUACAUGGAUCCAGAGUACAUGACCAAUGCCAAAUUAACCUGUGCCAGUGAUGUCUAUAGUUUUGGUAUCGUUACCCUGCAACUUCUGUCAGGGCAGAAAGUGUUUGAGCUUGAUCUUGAUGCGAGAGAUCAACUCACAAGAAAGGCGAAGGAUGUGAGUUUGAACAAGCGUCCACCCGAGGAUCUUGAAGACCCAAGACUAAAUGGAAAUGUCAACAAGGCUGACUUUGAUUCGAUUCUACAAAUUGCAGUACUUUGUGUUGCCAAAUCAAGCAAGGGUCGCCCUACGGUUGACGAUGUCUUUGAAGAGAUGGACAAGGCUUGGAAGAACACUGUAGCAGAAAUGAAGGCACAGAGAGGGAUGAGUUCAUCAGCAACACCAUUGUCUUUAUCUUUAGGAGUGUUGUCGGUGUGA